AUGUCUGCUGAGUACAAGGGUCAGGACAUCAACAAGCUUGCUGAGCAGGCUGAGAAGGACCUCAACAGUCACGCCAUGAAGACUGGACACGACAACAACCCCUCUGCUAGACACGGCAAGGGUGCCUCCGUUAGCACCGAGGAGUCCGGUGUCGACCUCAACCGUGCCGAGCGGUUCCCCGGUGCUGAGGUGAUGUAUGGUUCGGCGGCCACUGGCCGUGAGAUCCCCGUCGAGCAUGGUGGUGACUUCCAGAAGGGCACCGGCCGCCCGACCAAGGACUACGACUUCGAGGGUCCGGGUGGUCCCGAGGACAAGAGGCGCAUCUACAGCGAGCAGAAUCCUGGUAACGCCGACGUCUUUGAGAACGUCCGCCAGGCUCCUGGCCACGAGCCUAAGGCAUAA